UCUGCAGGACUGUCAGCACAAACAUGCAGGGCACUUCAGUACAAAAAGCACGGAGGACCCUUCUCAAGUCGUCCAGUUGGAUGAUGUGGACCUUCACCCCAUGGGUGCCAAAGACGUGCUUGUUAAAAUACUGGCUGCUCCUAUUAACCCAUCUGAUAUCAACAUGAUUCAAGGUACAUAUGCUAUCCUGCCUGACCUUCCUGCUACUGGGGGCAACGAGGGGGGCCAGGUUAUAGAGGUGGGCAGUCAGGUGACAUCCUUAAAAACUGGAGACUGGGUCAUUCCAAAAGAUGCUGGUCUAGGUACGUGGAGGACAGCAGCAGUUCUGUCGGAAGACGAUGUCAUCUCACUGCCAAAUGACAUUCCCUUGUUGGCUGCAGCCACACUGGGUGUAAACCCCUGUACUGCUUACAGAAUGCUUUGUGACUUUGAAGAUCUCAAGCCAGGAGAUUCAGUGAUUCAGAAUGCGGCGAACAGUGGAGUUGGACAGGCUGUGAUACAGAUAGCUGCUGCUAGAGGACUAAACACUAUUAAUGUGGUCAGAGACAGGCCAGAGUUCACACAGCUCAGCGAUAGGCUAAAGGUCAUUGGAGCCACUCAUGUGAUUAAGGAAGAGACACUUAGGCGGCCUGAAAUGAAGGAAAUGUUCAAAACUUGUCCAAAGCCUAAACUCGCACUGAAUGGAGUUGGAGGCAAAAGUGCAACUGAACUGCUUCGUCAUUUACAGGUUGGGGGAUCCAUGGUGACAUAUGGAGGCAUGGCCAAACAGCCUGUAACUGUUCCAGUGGUAAGCUAAAGUUGCCCUAUUUUCAAAGAUGUGAAAGUUCGAGGAUUUUGGGUCACUCAGUGGAAGAGAGACCAUUCACAUGCGCAUUCAGAGACAUGUUGGAUGAGCUUUUGCUCCCUCAUCAGGCAGAAAAAGCUGACAGCCCCUGUUUGCACUGAGGUGAACCUCCAGGAGUACCGCAGAGCACUGGACGCAGCCAUGCAGCCUUACACCUCUGCUAAACAGGUCUGA